AUGGCAGUUAAUACUACUAGUAUAAUUGAACGACCAUCAACAAAAUGUCCGUGCUGCGGGGAGGACCACUACAUGGCUCGUUGUGCUUCGUUUUUAAAUUUAACUAACAAGGAAAGGUUAGAAUUAGUUAACAAUAAGCGCUUAUGUAGUAAUUGCUUUCGACCAGGACACUGGGUGCGCGAUUGCAACUCAAGCUUCAGCUGUAGGACAUGCGGGCGGAAACAUCAUUCUCUGAUCCACCCUGGCUUUACGGUCAACAACACAACGGAAGGUAAUACUAAUAAUACGACCAUUACAAAGGUGGCACGGCACGGAACGUCUACCAAUAUUGCUACCGGCGGAAGCGAAGAUCAACAACAAGAACCGGAAGUACAAGAACCUGUGGGAUCAUAUGCUGUUGGAACCAAAACCGGGAUAUACAAUGUUUUCUUGUCUACUGUAGUGUUGCAAAUAAACGACCAGAAUGGAAAUAAACAUCUCGCUAGAGCGCUGCUCGACAAUGGAUCUCAAGCAAACAUUAUUAGCGAAAGGAUGUGUCAAAUACUAAAACUCAAACGACGGCCAGUCAACAUACCAAUUUGCGGAGUCGGGCAAUCAGAAAACUUAGCUAGAUUCGCGGUUAGCACUCAUAUUUCCUCAAGGGUGACCGAAUUUUCGAUUGGUAUCGAUUUUCUAGUGCUACAACGGGUAACUUCUCAGCUUCCAUCGGUAUCCAUUUCAACAUCACAUUGGAGAAUCCCGGCCAAGCUGCAGUUAGCAGACCCAGAAUUCAACAUAUGCAACAAGAUUGAUCUGAUAAUUGGAGCAGAGCAUUUUUAUCAAUUCCUAUAUGAGCGCGAAAUGAGUCAUGUUCCGCUGGGACGCGGGCUUCCUGUGUUGGUAGAUACGGUUUUUGGCUGGGUAGUUUCAGGAAAAUGCUCGGAUCUAGAUGUUCGGUCCAUUAAUUGCUGCGUAGCUACAUCUUGUGAUGGUUUAGUAAAAGCACUUGAAAGGUUUUGGCAAGCAGAAAGCAUCGAUGAACAACCGCAUUGGUCCAAAGAGGAGCAAGAUUGCGAAACUCAUUACAUUAAAACCCACAAGCGGUUAGAAGACGGACGAUACGAAGUAUUUAUGCCUAAGCAUGUCAAUUUUACCAGGAUGGUGGGAAAUUCGAAGGAUAUGGCGUUGAAUCGUUUCAUAAAAUUGGAAAAACGGCUUGAGCGCGACACGGAAUUGAAACAACAGUAUUGCGAUUUCAUGCGGGAAUAUUUAGAUCUGGGCCAUAUGCGUAAAUUAUCGGAAGCUGAAGUACAAAAUAAUUCAGAAGCAAGUGUUUACUAUUUGCCGCAUCAUGCGGUGGUAAAGGAGGCCAGUACAACAACAAAGACACUCUCCAAUGGUCAUAACUGGCGUCACAUUGCCGGGAAGGACAAUCCGGCGGACUUAGUUUCCAGGGGAAUGACAGCGGAUGAAUUUGCCAAAAGUGAGCUUUGA